AUGCCGCCAACAGCUCAUCAUUUUACUCCGGUUUAUUCUUUGCAUGAACCCCAACAGUCUUUUCGUAGCAAGCAAUACGCUCCUCCGAGGAAAAGGAAAAGACACCAGGAUUUCAACGACGACGAUGAAAGCGACGACGACGAUUUGCACGUCAAUUCCGUCCAGCCUUCGGUUUCAUCUCACGAUAUUAAUGACCCCUACCGUGUUGCCGGAUGGUCUGAAGACACACCGCUGCCUGGAUCCUCAUUCCCCCAUGCCCCUGCUGCCAAACAGAGAACUCGCCAGCCAUUAUCCAACAACCUCCAAAAGGACCUCGCAGCUCUCAAGCCUCCCCUGUACGUCCCACCUCCCGGCGAACAAGAUAGUACACAAUCACUGCGCCGUCAUCACCUAGGCGUACUUACCACCGUCUUGCACACGAGCCUCUUGAAGCAUGACUUUGUGCGUGCAGGCAGAGCAUGGGGCAUGAUCUUACGUACAAAUAUCCAUGGUAGACCAUUGGAUGUGCGCACACAUGGUCGAUGGGGUAUUGGCGCUGAGAUUCUGAUGCGAAGAUCCUCGCCCGAAUCCAAUUCUCAGGAGUCGCUUGACAACUCGGCAAUGAUCAGUGACCAAGGCUUCGACGCCGCAAAAGAUUAUUAUGAACGCUUAAUCCUGCAAUUUCCCUUUCAAAAGACAAAUCCGAAUGCCAUAUCAUCGCUAACUUUCUAUCCUGCAAUGUUUGGACUUUGCAUCUACGAGAUUCAGCAAAAAUGCAACCAGGCUCUCAAGAACGUUCGUAAAUCUUCACCAGACAUGGAUCAUUCUGAUUCUGAGCUGGCAUCAAACCAAGACCAGGAGUCAGAGGACGUCUCUGCCGUCAAACGCUCCGAACUAAACUCUGCAGCGAAUCUUGCAGCUCGUAUGGAUGAGCUGAUGUUAUCUCCUCCCUUUGAUACCUACCCUCCACUCUUACAGCUCCGAGGGUCAGUGGCUCUCUGGCUCGCAGAUCUCUACACUGCUGCUACAGCCGAAUCUGAAGACGACAGCGAUGAGAACAAGGAACGUGCUGCUAUGGAGCGCUCCAAGGCCAAGAGAUGUGUAAACAGGAUGAGAGCCGCUGGUGUAGCGGUGCCCGAAUUGAUCCUGAGUGUGUUGGACUGA